AUGUCAUUCUUUUUCGCGAUGGUGACGCACCCCCAUGUCCAGAGGAAGGCCCAGCAGGAAUUGGACGCCACGGUUGGAACGGGCAGGCUGCCUGAUUUCUCAGAUCGCCAGUCCCUACCGUAUCUUGAGGCGAUUUAUCGUGAGCUGCUCCGAUGGCGCCCUCCUGGUCCUCUUGGAGUACCUCAUUGCACGUCAGAAGAUGACAUUUACAACGGAUAUUUUAUUCCGAAAGGAACGACUGUCUUCAGUAACAUACGGGCAAUGACGCACGACGAAGGGAUGUAUCCGGAGCCGUCAGAAUUUCGUCCCGAGCGUCAUUUCACUGCUGAUGGAAAGCUGAAUGGGGACGAUCGCAUCCUGGCGUAUGGGUUUGGCAGAAGAGUCUGUGUCGGCCGCCAUGUUGCGAGCUCAACGUUGUGGCUGAUGAUGGCUUCCGUUCUCGCUACAUUCGAUAUCAUGAAAGCGAAGGACGAUCUCGGGAACGAGGUCGAGGUGAAUACAGAAUACACCGAUGGGCUAAUUAGCCAGAAGAAGCCUUUCAAAUGCCUCUUUGUACCUCGAUCUAACCAGGCCAUCCAUCUCAUAGAGGAAACCAUGAGGACCCACUAG